GAGAAAAAUACAAAUGCGAUUAUGAGGAAGCUAUUUUACCUUUUCUGGAUCGCUGACGUGUACGCCCCGAUUUCAUUCACUCCCUAUGCCCUCACUUUCCCCACCGCCCCCUCUUUUCUUUAUUAUUUUGAAUUCUUUUUAUUUUCUCCUUUUUUUUAUUUCCAUCUGCCCCUUACUCGUCUACUCCCUUCGUUGUAUAUUCUACUUCCCGUCCGCCUCGAUUCCCAAUCGGGUUAGGUUAUAGUUCGUACCUCUCAUCACUUUCUUUCUCAACGUUGCGGAUUACAGAUCUCAUAUCAAUUUUCUCUCUUAAUUCAAUCAACACUGCUUUUUUCUUUGUUCUAAUUGGAUCCCUCCCUAAGAAGAAGAAGAAAGAAAGAACAUCUCCAAUUCCAAACUAGUUUAAUUUAAUUUUUGAAUGUCCGGAGUGUAAUUUCGGUUGGAGAUCCAUCGUUUUCUUUUGUUUUUCUCGUCCCUCGCUUCGUCAAGUUUCUCAGCACUACUAUUCAUGGACUUUUCAGAUCUGAUUGGAACGAUUUUGUCGAAAUUUUCCAAGAAACCCUAGGUGGUGUUGAUGGGGAAAGACGGGAGUGUUAAAAUUGAAGGCGUCGAAGAAGGGGAAGUCUCUUAUACAGCUUCGGUAGAGGAGAUCAGUGAGGAGGAUUUUAUUAAGCUUGCAUCUGGUCCUAAGGUAGUGCCCCCCAAAGAUUCCAAUCGGGAAACUAGAGUUUGGACCAUGAGUGAUUUGUAUAAGAAUUAUCCCACCAUGCGUCAUGGUUAUGCUUCCGGUUUGUACAAUCUUGCUUGGGCACAGGCCGUGCAGAAUAAGCCUCUGAAUGAUAUUUUCGUUAUGGAGGCCGACCCCGAGGAGAAAUCUAAGCGGCCGUCUUCCUCUCCUUCUGCGGAUGGGAAGGGAGAUGGCGAUAGUAUAAAAGAAGAGGAUAGAGUCAUGAUCGAUGCUAGCGGUGAUGAAAUGAAUUGCGAUAAUUCGAAUGGCGAGAGAGAGGAAGGUGAAUUAGAGGAGGGUGAGAUUGAUAUGGAUACGGAGUUCAUGGAAGAGGCUGUUGAUUCCAAAGCAAUGUUGUCCGACAGUCAUUCUAUGAAUGAUAGUGAGUGUCAGGAACUUGAUUUGAUGACUAAGGAGUUGGACGACCAACUGAAAUUGAUUCAGAAAACAUUGGAUGGUGUUACAAUCGACGCGGCACAGAAAUCGUUUCUGGAAGUUUGCUCCCAACUACAGAGUUCUAUAGAGAUGUUUUUGGAAUUGCUCCAGGUAAAGGUAGUCCUGAGAAAGGAUGCGCUCAUUCAACGGUUAUAUGCUGCUCUUCGAAUAAUCAAUUCUGUGUUCUGUUCCAUGAGCCUCAACGAAAAGGAGGAGUACAUGCAACAUUUGUCGAGGUUGCUUUCUUAUGUUAAAAAUUGCGAUCCUCCUCUCUUUUCUCCUGAGCAGAUAAAAUCGGUAGAGGUCAAAAUGCCAUCUACAGAUUCCCUCUUCCAUUUGCCCGGCAUGAGAGCCAGUGCUAAAGAGGUCGAGAUCCAUAUGCCUAAUGGGGUGAAAAAUAAGGAUUCCUAUUCUGCCUAUACAAAUGCUGGUCAACAUUUGACUUCUUCAACUAAAUUCCCUUCGAACUCCAUGCCUCUAGGGAUUACAGCAAAAAAUAGCCUAAAUAUCUUAUCAGAAGGUUUGCAAUCUGGGGUAUCUAGCCUAAAGGGUAGAGCCCCCCUACUCCCUCUGUUAGACCUUCACAAGGAUCAUGAUGCAGACAGUCUCCCAUCGCCUACUAAAGAAGCUCCUACAAUUUUUUCUGUCCAAAAAUCAGGGAAUACCCCUGCAAAGUUGGCCUUUGCUGUAGAUGGAUCUAGAUCGCAUCAUUAUGAAACUGAUGCUCAUAAAGCUGUUUCGACCUAUCAACAGAAGUUUGGUCGAAGUUCCUUUUCAAUGGCUGAUAGACUUCCUAGUCCAACUCCUUCUGAAGAAUAUGAUGGGGGUGGUGAUAUUGGUGGGGAGGUUUCUAGUUCUUCCAUUAUCAGAAGUCUAAAGUCUUCAAAUUCUUCUAAACCGGGUCAAAAUGUAUCAAACUCUGCUUCUAAUAUAUCUACCGGUCUGUUUUCUAGCUUGGAAAGUUCCAGCACUAAAGGACUGAUUAGUCCUCUAAAUGUUGCUCCUCCAAGUUCUGUGUCAGAUCCAACAGUAAAGCCUUUAGCAAAAAGUAGGGACCCUAGGCUACGAAUUGUCAAUUCUGAUGCAAGUGCAAUGGGUCUUAAUCCACGCACAAUGACUUCAGUGCAGAAUUCUUCUAUGUUAGAAUGUGCUGCAACCAUAAACUUGAGAAAGCAAAAGAUGGAUUUGGAGCCUAAUACAGGUGUCCCUGAAAUAAAAAGGCAGAAGAUUGGAUCUCAGAAUCAUGCAGUAGCUGCUAGUGAUGUGAGAGCUGUCCCCGGAAGUGGUGGCUGGUUGGAAGAUACCAUGCCCGCUGGACCCAGACUUCUAAAUAGGAAUCAGAUGGAGAUUGCUGAAGCAAAUGCAACUGAAAAAAUCAAUGUUACAAACAAUUCUAGUCCUGGAAACGAGGGCUUGCCUACUAUAAAUGCUAGCAAUGAUGCUUCCUUGCCCUCACUGUUGAAAGAUAUUGUUGUGAACCCAACCAUGCUCCUAAAUUUACUUAAAAUGAACCAAAAGCAGCAAUUAGCUGCAGAAUUGAAAUCAAAGUCGAGUGAAUCUGAAAAAAAUACAAUUUAUCCUACGAACUUGCGUCCUUGCCAAGGAUCUAGUCCACUUAUAAAUGCUCCUGCUGUGACCUCAGGAAUUUUGCAGCAAUUAGCAGGAAUGCCAAGUGUACCAAUAGUGGUUGCUGAGAGUCAUCAGGAUGAUUUGGGAAAAGUUCGUAUGAAACCUCGUGAUCCUCGCCGUAUCCUCCAUGGUAAUUCUCCUCAUAAUGUUGGGAGCUUGGGAAAUGAUCAGUUAAAAGGAGUUGUACCAACUACUCCAAACUCAGAAGGAUGUAAGGACAUACCAAAUGGGCAUAAGCAGGAAAGCCAGGGAGAUUUGAAAUUAGCUUCUUCACCAACAUUACUACCUGAUAUUGGUAGACAGUUCACUAACAAUCUGAAAAAUAUUGCUGAUAUUAUGACUGUUCCCUCGCCACCGACUUCACAGACUUCAUCAUCAAAGCCAGUUAAAUUGGGCAGGAUAGAUACUAAUGUUGUAGGGUCAAGCUCUAUAGACAAUAAAGUUGUGACAACUGCUACCCAAGAAGGAGAUAUGGUUGGGCCCUCUCGUUCACAGGGUACAUGGGGAGAUCUUGAGCAUCUAUUUGAGGGCUACGAUGACAAGCAAAAAGCUGCUAUCCAGAGGGAGAGGGCAAGACGAAUACAAGAGCAGAAAAAAAUGUUUGCUGCACGCAAACUCUGCCUUGUAUUGGAUCUAGAUCACACACUUCUGAAUUCAGCUAAGUUUGUGGAAGUAGAUCCAGUGCAUGAUGAGAUUUUGAGAAAGAAAGAGGAACAGGAUCGUGAGAAGGCACUGAGACAUCUUUUCCGAUUUCCUCAUAUGGGAAUGUGGACAAAACUACGGCCUGGGGUCUGGAACUUUCUGGAAAAGGCCAGCGAGCUCUUUGAACUGCAUCUGUACACAAUGGGAAACAAGCAAUAUGCAACAGAGAUGGCAAAAGUGCUUGAUCCAAAAGGGUCUCUGUUUGCUGGGCGAGUUAUUUCUCGAGGUGAUGAUGUAGACUUAGUGGACGGUGAUGACAGGAUACCCAGGAGUAAGGAUCUGGAGGGUGUUUUGGGCAUGGAGUCUGCUGUUGUUAUAAUAGAUGAUUCCAUCAGGGUGUGGCCACAUAACAAAAUGAACUUGAUUGUUGUAGAAAGGUAUACUUUCUUUCCAUGUAGUAGGCGCCAGUUUGGGCUUCUGGGGCCUUCUCUUCUAGAGAUUGACCAUGAUGAGAGACCUGAAGAUGGUACUUUGGCAUCUUCACUGGCGGUUAUCCAGAGAAUCCACCAAACUUUUUUCUCCCAUCCUGCAUUAGAUGAAGUAGAUGUUAGAAAUAUCUUGGCCUCCGUGCAACAAAAGAUUUUGGCUGGUUGCCGUAUAGUGUUCAGCAGGGUUUUUCCGGUUGGUGAAGCAAAUCCUCAUCUGCAUCCACUGUGGCAGACAGCAGAACAGUUUGGCGCCGUGUGCACCAACCAGAUUGAUGAACAGGUUACCCACGUUGUUGCAAAUUCUCUUGGGACUGAUAAGGUGAAUUGGGCUCUCUCCACGGGAAGAUUCGUGGUCCAUCCAGGGUGGGUGGAAGCAUCGGCUCUGCUUUACCGGAGGGCAAAUGAGCAGGACUUCGCCAUUAAACCAUAAUCCAACCAACCCGCAACCUUAACACACCUCUUGCUAAAUUAAAACUGAAAGGUUUAAACCCAAGAUGAUAUAACACGGAGAAGAAAUUCCAACACAA